ACGGCGUCGGCGCGGACAGCGAGCCAUCCACGCCGCCGCCGCCGCCGCCGCCCGCCAUGUCGCCGCUCGCCUGCUCGCUGUUCGCUCUCGCCACGCUCUUCGCCGUGUCUGAUGCUCUGCCAAAUCCCUUUUGUGAUAGACAGUCGAGAGGCAUUUCUGGAUCAGGAUUAGAAUGGAGGGAAGAAAACUUUAAAUUGACUGUUGUUAACGGCGUUGUGCAAAUUCCCAAUAAAUGCAAGAUUUAUGAAGAAUUGGCGGGCGAGGAUAUCGCAGCUUGCAACAUUCCAUAUUCCAAGCCCCUACUCCGCAACGUUUUGGGCCGAGCGAACGACUUUGGAAUCGUGGGCAUUGACUGCCCCUCCAACACCAGGGGAUGUAUGAGACUCGAGCUGAAUGUCACACAGUAUUGCAGAAUCAACAUUGUCAGGGCAAGCGAAUAAGCAGUGAAGAUGUUACGUUCUAAAGCCCACAGUCCUUUCUGCACUAGUAAUUUAACUUCAACAGCCCACAUACCUUUCAUUGUUUUAAAUCAGUUUUUGAACAAGUUACCAAUUUCUUUUAUUAUGGGCUUUAGGAUUUUAUGUUGAAAAGCUUUAUUUAAAAUGCUACUAAACAAACGUAUUUGGUGAAAUAUUUUAUGCUUCUGGUGGAUACAAAUAUUUAAAUUAAUUCAGGCAAGGUUUGGUUUAAUUUUUUUUUUGGCAUGUUGAAUAAUAAAAAAAUCUUAUAAUG